UCAAAGGCAAAGGCCUUUUGGCCAUGUCGCCGAUGUACUCUUCCAGAUUAUCAUUCAGGGCGACUUAUCUAUGGCCCUCACACUAAGUUGUCUUAAUAAGGCCACACGCGAUGCCAUCGAGAUGCUUGAACCGCAUAUCUGUGGAUGGUUCAUCCGGUCCAACGGCAUUCCUGAAUUCGACCCUGUCCUAACUCUAAACCCAUUCACGGGUCGCCAAAUGCCACUGACGAUGCAUACCCUCCAAAGAUUCUCCCAGCGACAGGACACAGCGCAGAAGCUAGCCCGUCGCAUCGUUCCCUCUGUAUGGGGCCAAUUUUCCAAUGACGGGGAUGCGGAAAUGAAUAUGGAUGCGGAGUUACAACUUGCCCAACGUCUGGAACGGGGGCUGUACGUGCUCUUUCAUUUCUCAGACAUAGGUUGCGAAAUGAGUGGAUCGAAGCAACGAGGGAAAAAGAAUCCAUCCCCAGUUGUUACGGGACGGUUGCUAGCAUUUACCCAGCUGCUAGACGACUAUGACAAGUUCCCGGAACACAAACGACAAUCGAUCUCCCAUGAAGAACAUAGAAAUCACAUCUAUACGGUUCUGAAAUGGGGCGCAGGCGAAGCAGACAUCGGACAGAGACGGUUAGAAUUCCGAGGAAGCCUGGAUGAGCAAACCGAGAUCGAUUUCCACGCCGCACUUCGAAUGCUGCGGGAGCUCACAGAGCGAAUGCUGUUGAGACACGGUCCUAGGGACUGGCACCGAGACGCCAAAAAUGAAUACAGUGUGAUUUCCUGGUUUCUUCUGCAGCAGUCACCGCGUUCUCUGGCGAAGCUGUUUUUAAGCCCGGAGAAAACGUGCUGCGAUAUAGGAGAGAAACAGAAGGUUAUGGAAAACGGAGUACGGGUCUGCUAUUACUCAGAUCCACUGGACGAUUACUGGCAAGCUUGGAAGAAUGAGCCGAAUCUAGGAUGCCAGGACUGCGAUUGCAAGCGACGCGCCAGAAGCUGGAGCGUGAAGCCAGUGCUGAUUGAUGCUCGCGGGCGGGAAUACAAUCGUGCUGCGGAGAGGUAUUUGAGGGAGAUGUGGAGUCAACGGCAUGUUGGUCUGCAUCGCGCAUUCAUGACGGGGCAGUUUAGUACUAUAUUAUAGAGUAAGAUUCCAUAGAGUUUUUGAAGAAUAAAGUAAUUACAAUGUUAGUCAAUCUGUUCUUUCCCGACCGUUGAAGAUACUUGUCCGAAUUCUUAGACUCCGCAGGCCCGACCGCCAAGCAUCUGGAAGCGUCUCCGAAUCCUCGAUUGAAAGGCAACAUCAACAACAUCCAACCACGUUCAAUACCCUAACCAAUAGCAUCUAGCCCAUUCAUCCUUGGAUUAACAUUCUUUUUUAUCACAACAAUACACAUUUUGCAAUAAUGGAUCCCUCAGACC